UUGUUUUUGAUCUUUGCAUUUGAAUAUAAAUAUUAUGUCUAAAUUUUUAACACAGAAUAUAUGUAUACAUUCAACAUAUGUAUGUGUAUUCUACAUUGAAAGUUUAAAUAUUCUUGCUUAGAGAGAAAGAGAGAGAGAGAGAGAGACUAAAACCAUAAAAGUGUCCAGAGUUAAGCACGUGAGUUAGGUUAUGUACGUGUCCAAGUAUUGAUACUUCUACUCUAAUACUCGAGUCUGAGAAGUAUUUUUCAGAUGUUUGUGCUAUCUGAGAAGUUACUUUAUUCUCAAAAUGUAUGCAAUGCCAUUAAUGUCUCGCCAAGUUCAAAUAUUUUUCGAACAUUAUUACAAUAUCAUUUUUUUUCCCCAUUACUUCCGCCGUUAUACGCUCUAUUUUCCGAACUUAUCUGAUAUUAGCGUUCAGUUCGUUCGUUCGUUCGUUCGAUCGAUCGAACGAAGGAACGGACGAAUCGUAGAUACGCUCGCGAACGCCGAGAUCACGAGUAGAAAAGCACAUCGGCGGUGCGGGGUUAAUCAUGGCGUCAUGUGGUAGGCACGGUGGCAUUCCUCGCGACCAUGAAGGCCACUUUACUAUAUUCGAUUUACGACUCGCGAGUCGUGUAUGUGUUGUCUCGUCAAAGAACAUUAUUAUCGGUUCCCGUUAUCGUCGUAGAUGUUCUUUCUACUUAACACUUAAGCGAUCCUCCUCACUGCUCGUUGUCUCAUCCGAUGUCCAAAUAUAUUUUUAAUUGUUUUCAGAGAGAAGUAUAACGAGGAGUGCAGAUAAGGAGAAACAUUAGGUCUACUCGUUUUCGAAGAAUCUCUGAACUAGAGUGCACACUAAUACAAUAAGUUAAAGUGAAAGAAAGUAUGAUUGUUUCAUUCUAACUUAUUAUACUAGUUUAGAAAUUCUUCAAAAACGAACAGACUUGUUAAGUCGAGUUCCGAAUAAUGAUGUCGAUGAUCAUUGCUACUGAUCUCUAUAUACCACUGGAUAUGCUGUGGCGAUAAAAUAGAAGGCUUUAGGUUGCAAUAUUUUUGGAAAUAUCCAAUAUGACGUUUGGUCGAAAACACAUUGGAGUACAGUUAUUAUCGGGAUAUAUGAAUAUUAUACAUAUAUACAUAUAUAUAUGUAAAACGUGCAUCCUGAGGACAUUUCUUCGUCUUCAGGACGUCCUUAGGACGUUCUCAGGAGAUCUUAUGCUGUCUGGGCAUGUUAAAGUCAUUUUUAUGUUCUCCUAGCAACGUUGCACUUAAUACAGAUACCCCGACAAAAAUUGCGUUCCAGUGCAUUCCCCAUGAAACGUCGCCAUUUUGGAUAUUAGGGAGUUUUUGCAAUUCCGUAUUUUAGAUACGGUAAACGCUGAAGUCACGUGACUUCAUACGUAUUCCGUUUUUACGUCGCUUACUUCAAAAGAGUUUUUGCACGGUGAAUGCUAUGGUAACGUACGAUAAAACAGUAUCCUACACGAUCUGCAAUCGUUUUCCAUUUUUCACUCUCUUCAUAUGGAUUUUGGGAUAUAAUCUCCCUUAAAAGUAUGAGAUCAUCUUGACUUGUGAAUCUCAAUCGUUCAGAUUUCAUUUUGGUAGCCAUAACGUCGACGUUACUCGUGAAUGCUAUUUUUCAGGAAUAACGUUCGCACGUUAUCUGAAUAGCGUUAAGGUGACCGAUGCGCAUGCGCAGUUUGGUCUUUUGACUCAAUGACGUCAUUUUAACGUUUACCGUAUUUAUACCAUUUGCAAAAACUCCCUAUUUUUAAAUACUGCAAAGUGAAGCCUUCUACUCGUCGACGCGUAUUUUUUUUCCAUAGAAGACAAUUCUAGUGAAUAACGUGUCCAGUUAUGUACAGAGAAAUCAGUGAUCCUUAUUGAAACUCAUAAGUACGUAUUCAUAGUUAUAUUUUAUACCGUCUUAAAUUUAUCUGCUUUAUGGAUCAUUUCAUUGGCUAUGAAGUGUCUGAUAAUAAACUUAAGACAGUCUUAAAUAUAAAAUCUAACUAUGAAUAUGGCUCAUAGAGUCUCGAUCGUGGCCGAUUGCAAUACGCGAACAACGUUAUCAAUCAAAUAAUCAUUGAUAUCAUUACGAUGUAUACUUACUGUUUGUCGGAUACUCAACGCGAUACUAGAACGCCUUUAAGUUUGCGUCAUACAUUGCGCGCGCGUACUUCGUGAAUCUGCACGCGUCCCAAGUAGAUGUGGUAUUUUGAAAAAUUGGGGGGUUACUACCGGCGAUAGUUUCGUUAUUAAUUGUCAUUAUUAUUAAUUACAAUUAUUUAUAUUAUUACUUGUAUUAUUACUGGGUAAGAGUCGAUCGGGAUGACUCUCUCAAUUCUGAUUGGUGAGCCCCAAACUUCGUUGUGCUCAAAUCGUUCUGUUAUACCUGCGACCAUAUUCAUGAGUCAACGUGAGGAGAGACCGUGUCCUACCUACCUGGUCGUAGCCUCAUAGAGAUUCGAAAAACGUGUUCCGCGAAGGGAAGGGCGAAGAGCGACACGCGGGUUGUUAGCGCGUGCCACACGUUCAUAUUGUAUACAUUCGCGCAGCUCGGCGUUUCGCCACGUUUUACGCGCGACGAUUGCGAUAUAUCGCGACUCGGUGUUCCAGCGUUGACGUCGUGCGCGUCGUGCACGAGCUCGCCGCUAUCUCUCCUCGUUCUCUCGAGGAGCGUGGUAAUCGAAUUCCCCGACGUCCGUCCGUCCGUAGACUCAAGCGAAUCGUCGCCAUUAGAGAAGAAGAAGAAGAAGAGUGGUAGUAGUAGGUGGUGGAGGAAGAGGAGAAGGUGCGCGUAGAGUAGGAGGAACUCGCGGAAGCUGUGAGAACGCGGUGGUAACACUCGAAAGAAACUUGGAAAACAUCGCUGCCGACGUGUCGUCGUUUUCCCGCUGAGAUUUCGCCGGAAAAAAAUCGAGAAAGAAAACCGUCGGCGCGACGACGUCGAGAGGGAAGGAGGGGGGGGAGCUUCCUGUCCGUGAGCGGAAGAGAUCGUUUCACGACGACGGCAGGAAAAAACAUGGCGGCUCGUCACCGCCGCUGCUGUGGCGUGUCUCGGCCGCUUCCACUGUGAGAAACCCGGAGCGAGCGCACGCAGGCCCGAUGAGGCCUCGCCACUUCCGCCGAAACGCGAACCGGAAUUCGCUACGGCUGCGUGGCUCGAGAGACUGUACCGUUGUGACGACGACGACGACGAAGACGUAAUAAAAAGGGACACGCAUCGCCGAUGGCAAUGGCCGGUGGUCACUGACGAGUCCCGCGAUAUCGCUUUCGAUAAAGGUCGACGAUGAGCCAGCUGACGAGGCUUGGGCUGCCAUCGGGGGACUGUGAAUAAUUAUUGGUCCUACGGAGGGAGCGCUAUGUUGCCCGCGGCAGGCAAGGCUGAGCGGAGAAGUCUGCGUGGAAGCGCGCGGCUGUCGUCCAAGAUGUCGGGAAGGCAGCCCCGACUGCGAAUGCUGCGACCACGACCACAGCAGCAGCAGCAGCAACAACAACAGCAGCAGGGAAAGAGCAACUCCGCCGAUGCUUCCGUGACCGUGGAGGCUACAUCUCGUCGAGCGGAAGGUAACCUGAAAGAGACGGAGAAGCUCGCGGAUGCGAGAAAGCGCGACGCCAGGCCAGCCGAUGCGAAAGCCGAGUACACAAAGGCGAGCGCGAUGGCGAACGAGGUGGACGAUGGCGGCGGCGGAGGCGACGACGACGACGACGACGAUGACAGCUAUGAUGGCGAGCUGAUGAUCGUGGAGGACGAGCCGGCAUUGGAUGUCGACCUGAAGAAAGACGAGGAGGUGAUCGAUCUCGAGCCAAACGCGAAUUCCUACGAAUGCAAGAACUGUAAGCCCCCGAAAACGCUGCCGAGCAUCAAGGCCUACCUGGAGCAUCUGCGGAGGGAUCACAAGCACAAGGGCAAAAGUGCACACAGCCCGGUCGAAAAUCGGUGUUCUGCGUGUUCGUACGUUGCGUUGAACGUGAAAGAUCUCGAAGAUCACCAAAGGGUGCAUCAUUUGAAAAGGAGAUUCUUUCGAUGUGCAAAAUGCUCCUACGCGACUCACGUCCGAGCGCGUUAUACUAAGCAUGUUAAAUAUCAUUAUAUGCCAAUGGUCAAGUGCGAUGCUUGUGAUUUUCGCACGCCAUAUAAGUGGAAUCUAGAUAGACAUACCCGGAAUCACGGAUGUGCGGGUGCUUUUCAAUGUCGUGCAUGUAACUUUACUGCUGAUAUUCGGCAGAGCUUGACGGUGCACGAGGCCAAUCACCAUGACCCACCGGUGGGUCAAGUCAGCCGCAAGAGUAAUAAUUCUUUCGAACGUAAGCCGCGCAAUAGUCCCAAACGCUAUAAUCAGGUUGGGGCGAGUGACUUCCAAGAAGGUAUGAGAGGUUUGAUGGCGUCCAGUAUUCCCGACACGUCGGAUUCAUCGGUGAUUCUAGUAGAGGAUAAAAAGAGCGCUCUGGCUGGUGCCGAAUGCAUCGCGUUAAAAUGCGAGGAGAAGGGCUGCCAGUUCAUAACGGCCUGGGAUUCUGAGAUGCAGCGUCACUUAGCCGAAUGCCACAAACCAGUGGUUUCGCCCAAGUCGAAGAAACCAUUGCCAAUGUUGAUUCCACUGGGCUCACCUAAUUCCAAGCCAAGCAAUGCAGUCAACAGUGGGCCACCCACGACUUUGCUGAAGGUCCCGCGCGUCAGAGUCAGGCCAGAGUUGGCGCAGAUUGCGAGAGACACCGAGUUGGCCAAGAUGUAUGGAAAUAAGGAGGCGACAAAUUCCAAGAAGGAUCUCAAUACCGCUGCCGGUAUAUUUGAGAGAAAGAACGCCUCCUUCUUCGAUAAGCUUAAGGAAAAGUUAACGACAGCGACUAAUAACGGCAUACGAGAGAUAGCUGUAAGUAAUGUGAACGAUUUGAAAUGUUGGUGUACGUUUAAAGCUAGUAGCAUGGAAGAGCUGGCUUUACACAAACAAACACACCACACCGCUCUCAGCGUAUCCGUGGGUACGACACGUUGUCCUAAGUGUAGAAGACGUUGCAAGAGUUCAACAGAUCUCCAAGUGCACAUGCAAUCCUGCCACACGACCACCGAUAGUAGUUUAGAGAAAAUAAUGAGCCGCUCGGACGUCCGCAUGACCCCGUACCGUGGCGAAUACGCUUUUCCAUCGCAACUGGACUGGGACGCAAGUCUCAGAGGACUAAAUUCGUCUGGAUCCUCGUUUAAAGGUGGUUCGACACUAACGAGCGGCCGGCGGGUGUUCAAAUGUCCCCAUUGUCCGUUUUGGGCUUCUACCGCAAGUCGCUUUCACGUUCAUAUAGUCGGUCAUUUAAACCGGAAGCCGUUCGAGUGUUCUAUGUGCGCGUAUCGUUCUAACUGGCGAUGGGACAUCACAAAACAUAUUAAGCUUAAAGCAGCUAAAGAUGCAGUGCAUAUCACCGCCAAAGUUCUUAUGACGGAUGAGACUGGUCGACGGAAUUAUUCCAAAUAUAAGAAAUAUCUUGCACAGAUAGAAAACUUAAUAUGGGACGAGGAUCGGUUGGAGCAACGUAGCGUAGAGGAGACGAGCUCAAACGAGCCGCCGACAAAAUUGCUGAUCAUAAACAAUAAGGAGCACAUUUCUACCGACCAAACGUCGUCUAGUCCAAUUACGAUUUUAUCGUCAACCGACAGCAGUCGGAACGAUCAUCAUGUGAACCUGAGCCUACGACCGCCACCACCACUCAGAUCGGCGACCAGAAGUCGCGGACAGUCCUUGCUCAAGAAUAAUCCUAUCACGAUGAAUAUGCAGAGUGUUGGUGGUACUUGUGGUGGUGCGGUCACUAUAUCCUCGACAACAGCAACGGAUGAGAGCAAACGCACUCAGUGGAAAUGUAAACGAUGUAACUACCGAGAUUCUAACAAAGACAAUGUGCUGUUACAUGUUAGGUCGCAUUAUGAAUCCAAUGAUCAAGAGCCCACCGAUCCAGAAAGGAAUCCAUUCGGCUGCGGGGAUUGCCCCUUUUCAGCACCUGACGCUGCUACUCUCUCCCUACACAGAAUGCACCAUCGACCGAACUUGGAUGCUAUAUUCAAAUGUUACCGUUGUCCGUACUACGUUAGUACAAAGGCAGAAUUGUUGGAACACGCUAGGCUUCACGGAGAAGAGUUGGCGACUGUCCAUCAGCAGAGUAUGGAUCACCAGCAACUACCAGACUCCAAAAAAUAUAAAAAACAGCACUCAUUGAUCUCCGACAGUGGUGCUUUGCAGUCGAAGAGUGAGAUGCCCAUGGAACAAAUGGCUCAGAUAACCGCGCGCAACAAGGCAACAUCGGUGUUGAAAUCGCCGAAAAUUACGGGAGGUCCGCCGCCGCUUCUCUUGGACACACGUAUUCUCUCGGAAUCGCCGUUGGUCUGGGUGACACGGCCAGACGGCACGUUGAACAAGAUGUUCAAGUGUCGUCAUUGUCCUUACAUUUCCUUGCGACGAGUUGAGGUGCAAGACCACGAGGUUAUGCAUACGCCUACCGAAGAGUCUGUGAUUUCCUGCACGGACUGUACUUUCACUUGCUCACGUAAGGAUAUCAUAAAUGCGCACACAGAAAUGCACAAUGGAUGCCUGGGCACUGUUCACUGCCUGGUGGACGAGACUCGUCCCGAUAACCAGCAAGUGAACGAUCUUGUCAAUCUACUUGCUUUAAAACAUCCCCCAGCAAUGGGCCCUGAGCCGGAUCUACGAGACUCCCGGUUGGUGCAUUGCUGCAACAAAUGCCCGGCACGGUUUCUCUGCGAGAAGGAACUGCGGAUUCACUUACGAUAUCACACCACCGACUUAGCGUAUUCUUGCCAAUGGUGUUCAUACGCAGCGCGUCAGCCGUCGCAUCUCUUGGCUCAUCAAAAGGCUCAUUCCACGGAAUAUCAAGAGCGCACUAAGUAUCUGCUGACAAUGUACAACCACUCGCAACGCUUUCCGCCGCCGUCGACUGCGUGUGUCGAGACGGAGACCAAUCAAGAGGAUAACAACUGCGGAUUCAACGUCGCGUGGAUAGUCGUCCAGUUGAACGAGAACAGCAGCAGUAGCACGUCAAUCGGCCAAAGGAGCGGCAACCAAGUGUUUACGUGCGCGAAAUGUCCGGCACGCUACUUUAAGUUGGACGCUCUGGAGUACCACAUGACAUUGCACGGCUCGAAUAAUCGGUUCAAGUGCAACGAUUGUGACUACUCGUCGAAGACCGCGCAGAACCUGGUGAAGCAUCAGGUGGUCCAUCGGCGGCACAACGAAACCAACGAAUCGGCGUCGUCACCUACUAGCAUGCCUACUUCGCCCGUAUCCAUCUCGCCGUUGAACAUGGAGUUACCGGAGCCUCAAUACAGCCUCUACGCACGCGGCAACCCCAACUUCGUCUACCCGAGCUACUUACGGAAUGGUCGUAUAAAGGAGAAGCGCUACAAGUGUCACAAGUGUCCAUCCGCGUUUGAUAAACGCGAACAGUACAGGGUGCACUUGACGCUACACGGUUCGAAGCAACGUUAUCGCUGCCAGACCUGCGACUACUCGGUCCAAUAUUAUGCCAACUACGCGCAACACCGAAGGAAGCACUUGGCGAACGCGGAGGCACAGGCGUCGCGCCGACAGUUCGAGGACGACCGGUUCUCACUGGAUAGCGACACCGAUGUUGAACGUCCGCCACUGCGCUCCAGCAAGUCCUUACGAUCCUCCGUUUCAGUUUAUCCAAUAAUGACGGCAGUCGCCAACGACGCGACUAACGCUGCGACCAACGCUGCGUCCAACGCUGCGUCCAACGCUGAGACCAGCGCUACGACCAACGUUGCGACUAACGCUGCGACCAACAACGUCGCUCUGCAGCCUUCCAAUCAGGACAAACAAACUCUGCUGCUGAUGCAGAGGAAAGGCAUUGUGCAAGGCGCAGACGCCGUCGAGAUCCGCUGCCAAUAUUGUCCCUUCUGCACUUUGUCCACCGAUAAGGAAACCAUGGACGCGCACAAACGUCGACACGGUAUUGAACGCAUGACACCGCCAUGCCCGCACUGUGACUAUGUCCCGCGCAAAGACGAGAACGUCGGUGAACACAUCAGGCUGCAUUUCAACAGAUUGUACAAGCCUGAGUCUUAUGUUAUCGUUGAGCUGCUGACACUAACGAUGGAGAAGAUGCCUACGAACUCCAGAGAUGAGAAGCAACUACGCCCGAAGGAGCUGCUCUUCAAAGAGUGCGCCGACGGCAAGUUCCUGCCGCUUGCGGAAUCUUUGCACUCCAACUCGUUAAAGUCCUCUCCCUCGUCCAUGAAAGCUCUCAAGGAGAAAGUCAUGGUGGAUCUCAAUACGGGCGAGACCAAGCAUCUUGCCGCAUAAGAAUUGAAUUCUCACAGCGAUUGUAACGUGAAUCAUUUGUGUAUCGUGGUAAAUUUAUAUGUGCAUUUUUUCUACGUGAAAAAUUAGUCAAAAUUACAUUUACGUAAUUACAAACGUUCGAAAAUUGUGCUGCUCGAUUAUAGCGAUAUGUUGCAGCACAUAUACAUGGAACAACAGUUAGCUAAUAUGUAUAGUAUAUAUAAUUAUUUACGAGACGAAAUGUUAUAUAUAUGCUUUUUUCAAUCACAUAUUUUUUAUCGUUCUUUGCAUAUAUUAUUAAUUGCAACAUCGCAGUACUAUUUGAAAAACAGUAGCUUUGUUUAUACAAAAUUGCUAAUACACGUGCUAAUAAGAAACUUCCUAUCUGAAUUAUCUUAAUUUCGACGAUACGUGUAAACGAUGAUAUCAUUUAAUUAGUAUAAUACCUCUGAACAUGUAUUAUGCCAGCUUAAUCAUUUGCAGGUUUCGUCUAUGUUAAGAAUUAAAGAUAAUUUAACAGGAAAUUACUAUUUAGUAUAUAUGUAUAAAUCAAAGAUCAGUGUAAAAACUAGCAGAAUGAAUAAUGAGCAUACUCCAUAAAGUCGUGUAUUCUAUAUUUUGUUAAUCUGGCACACACAAGACAUUACUAUUGUAAAUAUCAUAUUUCAACUCUUGUACAGUCGAUUACAAAGUGGUUUAGACACAGUGAAGAUGGGAGAUUACCAAAUUGUCAAAAUUGAGAAUUAUUGACACAAACAUACAUAGUAAUUACAUAAUUAAUAAUAUAGUCGAUAAUAACUUGUAAUAAUAAUUAUUAAUAAUGUAAUUACUGUGCAAGCUCAACGGUAAUGACUCAAUUUUGAUAAAUAAGAUCUCAGUUUCAUUGUGUCUUUCUCUAAACCGUUUUGCAACUAAAUGUAUAUUAUAAAAUAAAUCCCUAAUGCUCACACUAUAUGUAUAUAUACACAUGUAUACAUUUAUUGUUUCAUUUAUAUGUGUAUAUAUUUUAUGUAAUAAAUCAUUUGCAAUAUUGUAAACAUUAUACGUUCUGCGAAUCCAAUUGAAAAUAAAGGAUUCAUUUAGCUGUCGUUGAAUCAUAUUACUUCAAGAUAUCAAAGUCUAUUAAAUCGUGCUAGUUAAAAAUAAAAGUAUCUCUUUUUUGCUGUGUAA